UCUAGUAUAGUUUUUGGCUUACACACAAAACAAAGUAACAAAGAAAGAAAAAAUAUCAGGUGAACAAAAAAAGAAGAGCGAAAAUUUGGCAUAAAAUGUCGACACAUCCACAAGUUCCCGGCGAGCCUACUAAGACCGGCACCACCAUGCUCGAGACCGCCACCGCCGCAGUUCAGAAGUUCGGCCCCGUUAACGCCAUCCACCAGCAUCUCUGCGCGUUCCACUUCUAUGGAGACGACAUGACACGACAAGUCGAAGCACACCAUUUCUGCGGGCACCAAAACGAGGAAAUGCGCCAAUGCCUCAUCUAUGACGGCCCUGAGGCGGAUGCCCGCCUCAUAGGCAUCGAAUACAUCGUAUCGGAGAACCUCUUCAUGACGUUGCCAGACGCCGAGAAGCGGCUCUGGCACUCCCAUGAAUAUGAGGUUAAGAGUGGGGUGCUCUUUUUACCUGGGGUUCCUGGAUCUGUUCAACGCCAGGACCUUGCUAAGGUGGCUCAAACUUAUGGUAAGACCAUUCAUUUUUGGCAGGUCGACCGAGGUGAUAACCUCCCCUUAGGUCUUCCCCAAGUGAUGAUGGCACUUACUCGUGAUGGCCAACUCUAUCCUCAUCUUGCUGCUGAUGUGGAGAAGAAAUUCAACGUAAACUUUGAGAAGGAGAGAGAAAAUCGUGCAUACAUGAAAGGUUUAGAGCAUGGAAUUCAUCCCUUGGCAAAUGCACAAGGAAAAGGGCUAAGAACUGAGCUACGAGAGGUGGAUUGUAAUCCUGGUGCUGGUGCGCAUGCAACUUCAAGAGUUUUUGUUUAAGCAUAUAUAUAAUUAGUGGGUAAUCAUAUCACUAAGUUUUAAUUAAGAUAAUAUGCUCCUAUCUCAUAAAAAAAAUGCCCCUAAAUAUAGUAUUAUCAGCAAGACACCUCGUUAAUUAAUUUUCAUGUGUGUUAUUUGCAUGUUUUUAUCUUAUGUACGUAGUAAACAGUAAAAUGUGACCUGAGUGUAUAUGCAUAAAUAAUAGUAGUUCUCUAUAAUUUUACUAA